UCAGAUCCGGAAGUGGCGAGGGCGGGGUCGGCUCUACGGAUGAAAUUGGCCGCUAAGCGAAGAUGCUGCUGGACUUGUCGGAGGAGCACAAGGAGCACCUGGCCUUCCUGCCGCAAGUGGACAGCUCGGUGGUCGCCGAGUUUGGGAGGAUUGCGGUGGAGUUCCUGAGGCGAGGCUCGAACCCCAAGAUAUACGACGGCGCAGCUAGAAAACUCAAUGUGAGUCGUGACACUGUCCAGCAUGGUGUGGAAGGAUUAACUUACCUCCUCACUGAAAGCUCAAAGCUCAUGAUUUCUGAACUGGAUUUCCAAGACUCUAUUUUUGUUCUGGGAUUCUCUGAAGAAUUGAACAAAUUGUUGCUUCAGCUGUAUCUGGACAACAGAAAGGAGAUCAGAACUAUUCUUAGUGAAUUGGCACCAGACUUUCCCAGUUACCACAGCCUUGAAUGGCGACUAGAUGUACAGCUUGCAAGCAGAAGCCUCAGGCAACAGAUAAAACCAUCAGUGACUAUAAAGCUACAUCUUAACCAGAAUGGAGAUCGCAACACUCAAGUUCUACAGACAGACCCAGCCACCCUGCUGCAUUUGGUUCAGCAGCUGGAACAAGCAUUGGAGGAGAUGAAAACAAACCACUGCAGGAGAGUCGUGCGCAAUAUCAAGUAGUCCCGGUUUUAAGAUUAAUUCCCUUUGAAGUACUUGUGAAUUAAUGAUAUGCAGCAGUUACUUUUAAAAACCUUUUUUUAUUAAUUGAUGGUGAUAACUACAUAUAGAUUCUAUGAAAGUUCUUUUCCUAUGACAAGAUGUGAGGUCAUGUUCAAGGCUAACAUAAAGUUCCUUUCCUGGUGCUAAAUGUGGCCACCUUCUUGACAAAUUAACAUGUAUUUUAUAUUAUAAAUGUGUAAAUAAGAUUGAAUCAAUGGGAAAUGAAUCUCUAGUGUUCAUAUUGUCUGUAUAUAUGAAUGACUGUUAUUUCUUUAGUACUUCUUUUGACUGCUUAACUUUGUUAUUUUCCUCCUUAUUGACCAAAAUGUGAAAGUAAAAUUCACAGUAUUACUCUUAUCAUUCUGAAUGUUUCUAGACAAUUCAGUGUUUUCAACCUUUGAAAGCAACCCAUGGAUGCUAAUAGCCACAGAAUAGUUGGAAAUAAAGAUAACAUUUUUAAAAUGCUAUAUUGUUUGGACAGCUCAUGCAUUUUUCUUAGCAUGCAAAGAUAAGUACUUGCCAUGUUGCUUAAGUUUGAAUUGAUGUGGCUAAUUAGUUUAAAUAUUUAGUAUUCAAAUUUUUGUGAUCAUAUAUUACACUUUAUCAAGGACUGUGUUUUCCCCCAGGACCCAAAGAAUCUAAGAAACACGCUGUCAUUUGCAUUUAUAAACAAUGCAUGCAGGAGUAGUAUAUUGGAUUCUUAAUUAUGUGGAUAAAAAUGACAUUCACUUUUUAUAUUUUUGGCUGAAUAAAGUAUAAAGAAGGAAAGGGAGAUCAUGUUUACUACAUUUCAGACAAAUAUCCCUUCUUCCUUACAAACUGGUUUUUUGUUUUGGUUUAGUUGUUUUAGUAGGUAACUAUAAGCUAUUGGCCUGAAAAACUCAGAUGCUGAUGUGUCAGGUCAGCGUGAUCGAGUGCAGGGUCACAGUGGAGAAAAGUCAUAUGGAAGAGUAGAAAUGGGGAUUCGGUCUUAAACAUGGGCCCUUAUUCUGAGAGUCUCAUCCCGGUGGGAAAACCUAGGAAGGCUUGUCAAACCGUCAGACUCUAAACUGCACACUAGGCUCUAUCAAUACUUUGCCUCCUGAGAAAUAGAUUUUCAGGUCAGAAUGACAUCAUAUUCCUUCUUUUUCUGACAAGCCAGCCAAUCAGGAAACAGACCAUUUUCAACAGAAAAGCACAGUUAAAAUUGCUACCCAUCAGCCCACUGUGGGCAUGCGGGUCACUCUUUUCCCAAAGGUGUAUGUUCUACAGUUGCAAAAUACCUAUAUCAGAUAGCAAACUAUAAUCAGAAAUAAUUUUUAAUUACAGUGAUAACUUGAUUGAUGAAGCUUUGUUAUUAACAACCUGACAAAAGGAAACCUUAUAUAUUACAUGAAAUAGUACCAUAUGUCAUCCAGUUUUAAAGCAGUAUGCCUGCCAAGCUUAGAUGAUAAAAAUAGCUCCGUGAAGCUUCUUAUUUGUCCAUAUUUGGUGGAAGAUAAGCAGCACUGACACCAAGGCAACCUUUCUUCCACUUCAUAUAGACUGUUCUUACCCCAAUCAAAGAGGGCGUGUGUUAAUCUCUCAUGUAUCACAACUUCCUGGCCUCUCUCUCUCUCCCAUUAUUUCUGAUGUGCUGCCUUCUUCACCUUUGUGGGCCAGAGUGAGUUGGGAGCAGUCUUCUGACACUGUUUUGAACCUGGGCCUCACUUUUUAGUACAGGCUAGUGAGGAAGCCUCUUCCUUGUGUAAACAUUCCAUCCCUUAUGGACAGCUCUGCCUUGUUGGUUCUAUGGCAUAUUUGAUUCUGUGUGUGUGUGUGUGGCUUGUUUAUGGACAUAUUUUCUGCAGAUGCAGUCACUGUUCCACUGUCCUGUAUGAUCAAGUUUCUUGAUUCUGGGUAAUGUGCCUUUUUAUCUAUUACUACCUAAAUUCUUAUUAAAACAUUUGGAUUACUAGUAAGCUGAUUUUUCAGGACUAACUCAUCUGGGUUUAGACUUAACUAUCAUGUCUUUCAUGACUCAAACCCAGAUCAGAGCUGUAAGAAAUAAUAUUUGUUUCACAAAAUCAACAUAUACUUUACCCCCUGGAAUUCUCUGUGUUUCACAAGAUUUCAGGGAGUUUGUUACAGACAUUUUCAAGCUUACACAAAUUUAAAGCAGCAAUUGGAAAGGUGGUGGAGAAAUGCUAAGACGGGAAUAUAUCUUCUUUGAAAACUGAAAGAUAAGAACCUGACAGGAGAGUUUGAAAAAUCAUUAAGUGUGUGUGUAAAGGAUGCAUGUAUGGGGGCUCUUAAUCCUAUGAAAACGUUAAGAGGCCAGUCUUUGGAGCUGGAUAAAAGAGUUUGAAUUUAGGCUCUGUGGCUUCUUACAGGUCCUUGAUAAAUUCACAAAGCCUUGUCUUCUUCAUCUCUAAAAUAAGAAUAAUAACACCUAUCUUACUGGCUUAUGGGGACUAAAUGAGACUAUGUAUAUGGAAUGUUUAGCACAGUCCCAGGUUUUAGAAAAUACUCACGUAGACUGAGAUUUCAUUAUUUUAUUGAAUUUAUCUCAUUAUGUCCCAUAAAUAUUGGGAGAUAAUUCAAGAAACAGAAAAUAGUACCUGGCCCCUUUGAAAAGCACUCAUUGGGCCUUUCGCUGAUGACCCACUGAGCUGUCAAGAACAGGCAAAGUAAAAACACCGCUUUUGGGUGAAGUGACAGCAUGUCGUGUUGUUUCGCUUCAAUCGGUGGUGUGACAAGGGGUUAAAAAAUUAAUUAAUUAAAAAUUAAAAAAAUA